AUGGCGCAUUUUGAAUUCAAAUUAUCAAGAUUAACAAAAUUCGAGGAAGUUUUUAUUUUAGGUGAUAUGGGUAGUGACAUUGGACGUCCUCAUUUUCGGGAUGACGAUGUUGAUGAUUUGGUUAAAUUCGACAAUGAUGGAUUUAAUAUGUCAUUAGAAUUAUCUAAGGAAUCUUUUGAAAUUGAUAAAACUGGGUUGACUAUUCUUGAUACUAAUAGCUAA